AUGGCGACAAUUUCAUUUGCUAAAAGUUUGGUUAACCCAGCUUUAAAAUUAGUUCUUAAACAGAACCAAUGUUCACACUUGCUAAAUGCAUCGGGCCUACCAGUAUUGACACCAUUAAGUUUAGUGCUCCGAAGAAAUUAUGCAGAGAAACAAAUUUUUGAGAGAACCAAACCACAUUGUAACGUUGGUACAAUUGGUCAUGUCGAUCAUGGAAAAACUACUCUUACUGCUGCCAUAACCAAAGUAUUAUCAGACCUUAAUUUAGCACAAAAGAAAGGUUAUACAGACAUUGAUAACGCCCCUGAGGAGAAGGCUCGGGGGAUAACUAUUAAUGUUGCUCAUGUUGAAUAUCAGACAGAACAAAGACAUUAUGGUCAUACAGAUUGCCCUGGUCAUGCAGAUUAUAUUAAGAACAUGAUAACAGGUACAGCUCAGAUGGAUGGUGCAAUUUUAGUUGUAGCCGCUACUGAUGGUGUAAUGCCACAAACUCGUGAGCAUUUAUUACUUGCCAAACAGAUUGGUAUCCAACAUGUUGUAGUCUUUAUUAAUAAAGUGGAUGCUGCUGAUGAGGAGAUGGUAGAACUUGUAGAGAUGGAAAUUCGUGAACUAAUGACUGAAAUGGGCUAUGAUGGUGAUAAGGUACCUGUUAUUAAAGGGUCAGCUUUAUGUGCCUUAGAAGGAAAAAGUCCUGAAAUUGGAGCAGACGCUAUUACUCAACUUCUGAAAGAAGUAGAUUCCUUUAUACCUACACCAAUACGUGAGCUGGACAAACCUUUCCUAUUACCUGUUGAGUCGGUGCAUUCAAUACCUGGACGUGGCACUGUUGUUACUGGAAGGCUACAUAGAGGUAUUUUAAAAAAAGGCACAGAAUGCGAAAUUGUGGGUCAUGGUAAAGUCAUGAAAACAACUGUUACUGGGGUUGAAAUGUUUCAUAAAACACUGGAAGAGGCUCAAGCUGGAGACCAAUUGGGAGCUCUUGUACGUUCAAUCAAGAGAGAGCAGAUCAAACGUGGAAUGGUAAUGGCCAAGCCUGGCACUGUCAAGGCUCAUGAUAACUUAGAAGCUGCUGUAUAUAUACUAAGCAAGGAGGAGGGUGGUCGCUCAAAACCUUUCACAUCCUUUAUACAACUUCAAAUGUUCUCCAUGACUUGGGACUGUGCAACCCAAGUUAACAUUCCAGAGAAACAGAUGGUGAUGCCUGGUGAAGAUGCUAUGUUGCAGUUGCGCUUACUUAAACCUAUGGUAUGUGAAGCUGGACAAAGAUUCACCUUACGUUUAGGAGACAUGACAUUAGGAACUGGUGUUAUUACUAAAAUAAACAAUAAUCUUAGCGAGGAUGAUAGGUUAAAGCUCUUAGAAGGUAAAAAGGCGCGCGAAAAGGCUGCGGCUAAGAAG